AUGAAGUCUAUGAUUCAUUCACACGACGGUCAUCUAGCCGAAAUAUUGCCCGAUGAAAAAGUUGAGGAGAUCGUGGACAGGACACUGGACCUAAUGGAUUUGGACCGUGAUGGCUUGAUCGACUUUGCUGAGUUCAAGAAAGGAACAAAUGCCAACAGAUAA